CUAUACGUCACUGGACGUUCGGAGAGUUUGCUCCGCCACGACGGUGCAGCAGUUUGGAGCGUCUGGAGUCCGGAUUAGUUUUCUUUGAGGGAUCUGGAUGACUGAGGUGAAGCAGCAGCAGUGGGGGCAGGUCUCUGGUCUGGGACCUGUGGACCUCUGGGUCCUCCAGUCCUCCCAGGUCCAGGUUGAGGUCCUUAGCCUCGGGGCCAUCAUCCGAUCCAUUUGCUGCAGUGGAAACGAUGGGCAGAUCAGGGAUGUCGUCUUGGGCUAUGAUGACCUGGAAGGGUAUAUUUCUGACAAGCGGUACUUUGGGGCUGUUGUUGGUCGUGUGGCCAACAGAAUUGCAAAUGGACGCUUUAUGGUGGAAGGGAAAGAGUACCAACUCGAUCUCAACAAUGGACCAAAUGCUUUGCAUGGAGGUCUUAAGGGCUUCAAUAAGGCCAUUUGGUGUGCUACAGCAGUCAACAAUGGCGUGCAGCUAAGAUUAACCAGUCCAGACGGAGACCAAGGUUAUCCUGGAGAGCUUGAGGUUUCUGUCUGCUACGUCCUACAGGGGAACACACUGACUGCUGAAUACCGAGCUCGCUGUUCUAAAACAACCCCUGUUAACCUCACCAACCACACCUACUUCAACCUGGCUGGACAUGAUGCAAAAGACGUCUAUGAUCAUGAAGUGUCCAUUAGUGCUCCAUCCUACCUACCUGUGGACGACACAAAGAUUCCUACAGGAGAGAUCAGAGCUGUGGACGGGACUGAAUUUGACCUCAGAAAGCCAGUUCUUCUUGGCCCACGGCUGAAAGGAGGCCUGACUCCAGGAUUUGACCACAACUUCUGUUUAUCAGCACCCAAGGACGCCUGGAAAGAGAGACAUGCCUCCCGAGUCUGUCAUCCGGCCAGUGGGCGUGUCUUGGAGGUUUCAACCAGCCAACCAGGAGUCCAGUUCUACACAGCCAAUGUCCUGGACGGUUCUAUUGAAGGAAAGAGUGGAGUGAGAUAUGGGAAGCACAGCUCCUUCUGCCUGGAGACACAGAGCUGGCCUGACGCUGUCAAUCAGGUUUCCUUCCCCAGCUGCCUCCUCCACCCUGGUGAGGAAUACCAUCAUGUCACUCGCUUCACCUUCUCCACGGUCUGAUCCUGCUGCGCUGAGCAAUGCAAUCACUAUACUUUCAGAUAAAGUCCUGUUUACUUUCUCAUGAAAUAAUCAUGUACCAGAUACUUUUAAGAGCUUGAGCUUCUUUCCCAGCUGUUUAAUGCGAAACAUAUUUGCUGGUUCUAUCGCUGAAGAAAACCCAAAUUUGCUCCACUUCAGAACUUGUGAUUUUGAACAAUGUUAUAAUCAAAAGAUAAACAGUGGCAUGCUAAAUGUCUUCUACUGUAUAUCAUAAUUAUUGACUAUAGUAAUAAGUUCAUUUUUUGACUUGAUUUGUUUUUUUAAUAAGAAUAAAAUUUGAAAAAUAAAGUCAGCUUUGUG